AUGGACGAGAACGGACGUGGUGAAACACUGUGUAAAGUCUGCGGGGACAAGGCCUCUGGAAAACAUUACGGCGUGCCGAGUUGCGACGGAUGUCGGGGUUUCUUCAAGCGGUCUAUCCGCAGGAAUUUAGAUUACGUGUGCAAAGAGAACGGACGCUGCAUUGUGGAUGUAUCGCGGCGCAACCAGUGCCAAGCUUGCCGUUUCACAAAGUGUCUUCAGGUCAACAUGAAACGAGACGCUGUGCAACACGAGAGAGCACCAAGAAGCACGUCUUCUCUUGUUGCGGCGACGAGGAGGACUUCUUCGGGGCUGUAUACGGGCAUCCCGAAUGUCUAUCACCCUGCAAGCAGCACCUAUCAUCCCCUCUUGUACCCCGCGUUGUUCCCUUUCAAACCCACAGUACCAACAUUCGCCCCGUCCGUCGCACAUUUCUUGCCACGACCGUCUCCAGAGUCCUUGUCUAUAACUACCGCCAAGGAAGACGAAGUUACCAGCUCCGAAGAAGCGGCUACUGUCGAUGUCAGAAUCGAAUCGAAAGAGGAGCUGGUAAGCACUCGCCUGGCGCCGCCAGUUAUCACUUCGGUCUCAUCGGAAUACACCAUGCAAGGUUUAUCCCUUCUGCCAACUGAAAAUAUCUAUGAGUUCGCGGCGAAAUUACUUUUCUUCGCCGUACGAUGGGCGAGAAGUAUACAUUCCUUUCUGCAACUCCCUUACAGAGACCAAACUAUCCUUCUGGAAGAGUCGUGGAGCGAGUUGUUUGUUCUGACAGCCGCGCAGUGGAACUUUCCCGUAGAUGAGACCACUUUGGUGUCCAUGGAUCUGCCGACAGAGAGGAGGGAAGUUCUCCUCGACAAAGCGAGAAGACUGAGGGAACUUUUAGCAAAGUGCGCCGCGCUCAGAGUGGAUCACUCGGAAUACGCUUGCUUGAAGGCCAUAGUUCUUUUCAAGGCGGAAUCACGAAACCUCUGCGAGCCGGGGCGAGUGUCGGCAUUGCAGGAACAGACGGUAGCCGUGUUCUGCGAGAGGGAUGCACGCAGGGUAGGUCGAUUAUUGCUGCUCUUACCACCCGCGCGUGCACUCUGCCGUGCUACCCUGCACGAGUUGCUGUUCAAACCGACGGUCGGCGAUGUCAGUGUGGAGCGAUUGCUGGGCGAUAUGGUUGGCGCUCUCAGACCUACCUAA